CAGAUGCCAGUGACCUUUGAGGAUAUGGCUCUGUACCUUUCCCGAGAGGAGUGGGGACAGCUGGACCAUACGCAACAGAACUUCUAUAGGGAUAUCCUGCAGAGGAGAAAUGGGCUGUCCUUGGUUCAUCGAGAUGUGAUGGCCCAAAGGAAAGAAUUCAAAGAGCUGACAUUAGAGGAAAAGGUUGAUCUUCUACAUUUUCUGGAAAGCAGCAGCCAAAGAAAAACAGCACAACAUUUUGGUGUUAGCAACACUACAGUUAGCAACAUUCAAAAACGUAAACAUGGGUGGCACCUGUGGCUCAAAGGAGUAGGGCGCCGGCCCCAUAUGCCAGAGGUGGCGGGUUCAAACCCAGCCCUAGCCAAAAACUGCAAAAAACAAACAACAAACAAACAAAAAAAAUACCAAACAAACAAAAACGUAAACAUGAGUACUUGGAGAGAUACAGUAAGGAAAGUGGAGACCUACAGAGGAAAAGAAAGAAAACUUCCCUUGAUGAAGUCAAUGAAACCACAUUAAGCUGGUUUAAACAAUUGAGGGCAGAUAAUGCCCGAAUCUCGCCGAUGAUCCAAGAAGUUGCUAAAAAAUUUGCACAUGAAUUUGAGGUGGUAGAUUUCCAAGCAUCAAGUGGUUGGCUCAAGAAAUUUAAACUACGACAUGAGAUUUCCCAGAAAGUCUUAUAUGGUAAAUCCAAUGAAGUUCCGGUAGAAGUUGUGGAAGAGUUUAUCAAAACGUUCUCAGACUUUGCCAGAGGCUUCAAAGAUGAUGACAUUUUUUAAUGCUGUGAGUGUGGACUCUUUUUUCAAGGCCAUGCCAGACAGGAGCUUCAUUGUGGAGGGUAACAAAUUUAAGAGUAGAAAACUUUCCAAAGAAUGUUUCACAGUUCUGCUUUGUGCUAGCUCAGCGGGAGAGAAACUAAAGCCUUUGGUGAUUGGUAAAUUGGCAAAGCCACACGCAUUUAAAAACUUGAAGCCUGAAUACCUCCCUGUCAUUUGGAGAGCAAACAAAUGUGCAUGCAUGACUUGUGCCCUAUUUGAGGAGUGGGUAAGGGGUAUUGACCAAGAAAUGAAGAAGAAGAAACAUUCUAUUCUAUUGAUAGUAGACAACUGUCCUGGCCACCCAGAAGUGAAUCAUCUGACAAAUGUGACACUGAAAUUUCUGUCUGCAAACAUGACCUGAAAAAUCCAACCUCUUGAUCAAGGCAUUAUCAAAACAUUUAAAAAGCACUACCGAGCCCAGCUCCUGCAGUGGGUCAUUACUAAAACACAAACCUGUAGUCCUCCCGUGGAAGCAACUUCAUCUGCUGUAUCAGUUAAUGCUCUGGAUGCUGUCCUCUGGAUCAGUUCUUCUUGGAACAAAGUGCAGCCAGAAAUGAUACAGAAGUGUUUCAAGAAAGUUGGAUUUGGGCGGCGCCUGUGGCUCAAGGAGUAGGGCGCUGGUCCCAUAUGCCAGAGGUGGUGGGUUCAAACCUAGCCCCGGCCAAAAACCAAAAAAAAAAAAAAAAAAGAAAGUUGGAUUUGUCACAACCCAAGAGCAUGAUGUUUUUGCCCCAUCAGACAGUCCAUCUCCUAUGGUAGAAUUUGAAGGAGUAAAUUUUGAAGAUUUUGUUGUAAUGGAUGAUGAGGUGGCAACCUACAAUGAACCUGACCCAGAAGCAGUUUUCCAAGUGAUAUUGACCAAAAUACAGACCAGCAUAAAAGAGCCUGAAACAGCUGAUAAAGUGGAAGAUGCAAGUGAAGAUGACACAGAAAUUGCAGAGACUCCAGAAGAAGAGGAUGUCAGGCAUCUGAUGAUGCAAUUGAAGUCAUUUGCUAUGGAAAAAUGCCCAGGGUUUCCCUUCAGCAGACCUUUCUGGGCCCCCCAAGUUCAGGGCAAGGACGAGGCCUCGAGCUCGAGCCAGCAGACAGGAGAUGAACCGGAGGAGAGAGGCAUGAGCACAGGAACCCUGGAGGUGGGGCAGGAGGUGCUGAUCCAUUCCGUGGUGGCCCCUGGGGAUGUGAAGCCCUUCAGAACCAGGGCGGGAGGGGCCCGGGGGGAUAUCUUGCCAUGUGGGCAGCAAGCAGCUAGCUGCCAGAGCUCAGGGUCGUCUGAAGACGCUGGACAGCCCGGUGCCCAGGAAGAUGGGCAACCAAAUCCAGCCCUGCUGGACGCCGGUCUCCCAAUAUCCCAAGAGGGUCAUGUCCCAGAGAAACCCAGGGAGGAGAAGGGCAGCCCAGAGAGUGGCGAGAAGGGUCUGGCCCUCGAUGGUGACGCCAGCAAGAAGACCUACAAGUGUGACCAGUGUGGCAAGGGCUUCAGCUGGCACUCGCACUUGGUAACGCACCGGCGCACGCACACGGGCGAGAAGCCCUACGCUUGCACCGACUGUGGCAAGCGCUUCGGCCGCAGCUCGCACCUCAUCCAGCACCAGAUCAUCCACACGGGCGAGAAGCCCUAUACCUGCCCCGCCUGCCGGAAGAGCUUCAGCCACCAUUCAACGCUGAUCCAGCACCAGCGCAUCCACACUGGCGAGAAACCAUAUGUGUGCGACCGCUGCGCCAAGCGCUUCACCCGCCGCUCGGACCUGGUCACCCACCAAGGCACCCAUACGGGCGCCAAGCCGCACAAGUGCCCCAUCUGCGGCAAGUGCUUCACGCAGAGCUCGGCUCUGGUCACGCACCAGCGCACGCACACAGGGGUCAAGCCUUACCCGUGCCCUGAGUGUGGCAAAUGCUUCAGCCAGCGCUCCAACCUCAUCGCGCACAACCGCACGCACACCGGUGAGAAGCCCUACCACUGCCUCGACUGCGGCAAGAGCUUCAGCCACAGCUCACACCUUACUGCCCACCAGCGCACGCACCGUGGCGUCCGGCCAUAUGCCUGUCAGCUCUGCGGCAAGAGCUUCAGCCGACGCUCCAACCUGCACCGGCACGAGAAGAUCCACACCUCGGGGCCAAAGGCCCUGGCCAUGCUGAUGCUGGGGGCGGCGGCGGGGGCUCUGGCAGCACCCCCACCCGCUCCCACCUAAGGGGCAGGGGAGGGACCAGGUACCCAGGGCCAUUGGGACCCCUGCUGAAGUGGAGGACCUGGGGAAGGAGCCAGAGGGUGUGGGAAGGGAGUAAGGAUGGGGUGGGGCAUGGCGGCGCGGGAGGGGUGAGGGCGAAGAGGAGCUGGCACUCUAGUUGCACAUUAAAGGCCUUGGACUUCAAGUGCUGGCCUUCAGCUAUGUUUAUGGGACCCUGGCGUUGGACGCCCCCUCCCCUGAGCCUGGUGGUGGCAGGACUCCUGGGCCAACUGUGUGUCCUCAUUUGGGCAUCCCAGAAUUACUGCUUUUUUUUUUUUUUUUGAGACAGUCUCAAGUUGUCGUCCUGGGUAGAGUGCCUUGGCAUCACAGCUCAUAGCAACCUCAAACUCCGGGCUUAAGUGAUUCUCUUGGCUCAGCCUCCCAAGUAGCUGGAACUACAGGCGUCUGCCACAACGUCUGGCUAUUUUUUGAUAUUUGUUGCAGUUGUUUUUAGCUGCCCCGGGCUGGGUUUGAACCUGCUAGUGUCGGUGUAUGUGGCGGGCACCCUACCCACUGAGGUAAGGGCGCUGCAUUUUUUUUUUUUUUUUGAGACAGAGUCUAACUUUGUUGCCCUCACCCUAUGUAGAGUGCUGUGUCAUAGCUCACAGCAACUUCUAACUCCUGGGCUCAUCUCUUGUCUCAGCCUCCCUAGUAGCUGGGACUACAGGCGCCUGCCACAAUACCUGACUCUUUUUAGAGAUGAGGUCUCAUUCUGGCUCAGACUGGUCUUGAACCUGUGAACUCAGGCAAUCUACCUGCCUCAGCCUCCCAAAUGCUAGAAUUACAGGCAUGAGCCACUGCAUCCAGCCCCAGAGUCACUGCUUUUGACUUGGGCACCUUCUGCUCUCUAGGUGUGACCUGGGUUGGGGUCCUUUUUGCCAUGGGUCCAUUCCAGCAAAGGCUCCUGAGUACAGAGGUUUCCAAGCCUGAAGCCAGCCCACCACUUCUGAAAUUGUGGACCCCUGGACAGGCUGUCCAGAGAGCCAGAAGCUAGAGAGCUAGAGUUCAGAUCCUGGUCUCUCCCUACCACUUUUUUUUUGAGAGAGUUUCACUAUGUCACCCUUAGUGCCAUGGUGUUACAGCUCACAGCAACCUCAAACUCUUGGGCUUAAACAAUUUUCUUGGCUCAGCCUCCCAAGUAUCUGGGACUACAGGUGCCUGCCACAAUGCCCAGCUAUUUUUGUUGUGGUGGUUGUAGUUGUCAUUGUUUAGCCAGCCUGGGCCGGGUUUGAACCUGCCAGCCCUGGUGUAUGUGGCCAGUGCCCUAACCACUGAGCUAUGGGCACGGAGCUUUUUUUUUAUUUGGUGGUGGUAUCUCACUGUGUUGCAAGGCUUGGAGUGCAGUAGUGUAGUAUCUAUUCACGGAGUAAUCUUAGUACACGGCAGCUUCAAACUCUUGGGCUGAAGUAAUCCUGGCUCAGUUUCCCAAGUAGCUGGGACUGGGCUCACUCCAUUAUGCUGACUAGGUCUGGUAUUUUAUCCUGUAAGGAACACCCCUGCUUCCCUGCACCCCCUACUGCUAUUUACUGUCUAAUAAAUAUGUGAUAAUGUGGGGCAGGACUGUCUUAAGAGUAAAACAGCCAAUAGUCUUGACCUUCAGAGACACUGGGCUCAGUUGGAGUUGGGGGGGACGGACUGGGGGCAUAUAACCAGCUAUAUACCAGGGAGCUGCUGAUUGGUCGUGUCUGAAAGGUCUCAGUGGGAUCUAGACCUAGGCAUGGGUUGCUGGCAGCACUGGUUGAAUGAGAUGCUUAUUUUUCAAAUGCCAAGGGAAAAGGCAGUUCCCUUCCUUCAGCUUGUUUUCAAUCUCCAAUGAGAUUGCUAGAAAUGAGAUUGCUUUGCUUGGGUUGGUGUGAGGGGCUGAGGGGAACUCACUUUUAAAGUAGGUUUACUCUCCAGAAGCUU